UUGUCCAGCCCUAGGUUCUGGUGGAUCCCAGCGGCCCCGGCAGCGCUCCGGACGCUGCAGACCUGUUCUCUAUCGUCGCUCCACUUUCACCUCCAAGACUCGCACAGCUUAAGACAUGGCUGCCCAGUGUGUCACGAAGGUGGAGCUGAAUAUUUCCUGUGCCAAUCUUUUGGAUAAAGAUAUAGGGUCAAAGUCAGACCCUUUAUGUGUGUUAUUUUUGAAUACAAGUGGUCAACAGUGGUAUGAGGUUGAACGCACAGAAAGAAUUAAGAAUUGCUUGAAUCCUCAAUUUUCCAAGACAUUUAUUAUUGAUUACUACUUUGAAGUGGUUCAGAAAUUGAAAUUUGGGGUUUAUGACAUCGACAACAAAACUAUUGAGCUGAGUGACGAUGACUUCUUAGGAGAAUGCGAAUGCACCCUUGGACAAAUUGUUUCCAGUAAGAAGCUAACUCGACCACUGAUGCUGAAAAAUGGCAAACCUGCAGGAAAUGGGAGCAUUACGAUUUCAGCUGAAGAAAUAAAAGAUAAUAGAGUGGUCUUGUUUGAAAUGGCAGCCAGAAAACUGGAUAAUAAGGAUCUUUUUGGAAAGUCAGAUCCAUACCUGGAAUUCCACAAGCAGACAUCCGAUGGAAACUGGCUAAUGGUUCAUCGGACAGAGGUCAUUAAAAACAACUUGAAUCCUGUUUGGAGGCCUUUUAAGAUCUCUCUUAACUCCCUGUGUUAUGGAGAUAUGGACAAAACCAUUAAGGUGGAGUGUUAUGAUUAUGACAAUGAUGGGUCACAUGAUCUCAUUGGAACAUUUCAAACCACCAUGACAAAACUGAAAGAAGCCUCUAGAAGCUCACCUGUUGAAUUCGAAUGCAUAAAUGAGAAAAAGAGGCAAAAGAAAAAAAGCUACAAGAAUUCAGGUGUUAUCAGUGUGAAACAGUGUGAGAUUACAGUAGAAUGCACAUUCCUUGACUAUAUAAUGGGAGGAUGUCAGCUGAAUUUUACCGUGGGAGUGGACUUCACUGGCUCCAAUGGUGACCCAAGGUCUCCAGACUCCCUUCAUUACAUCAGCCCCAAUGGCGUUAAUGAGUAUUUGACUGCUAUCUGGUCUGUGGGACUGGUCAUUCAGGAUUAUGAUGCUGAUAAGAUGUUUCCAGCUUUUGGUUUUGGAGCUCAGAUACCUCCUCAGUGGCAGGUAUCACAUGAAUUUCCAAUGAACUUCAACCCAUCCAAUCCCUACUGUAAUGGAAUCCAAGGCAUUAUAGAGGCAUAUCGGGCUUGCCUUCCUCAGAUAAAACUCUAUGGACCAACUAAUUUUUCUCCAAUCAUAAAUCAUGUGGCCAGGUUUGCUGCUGCAGCCACACAACAGCAGACAGCCUCCCAAUAUUUUGUACUUUUGAUUAUUACUGAUGGUGUGAUCACAGACCUUGAUGAAACCAGGCAAGCUAUAGUUAAUGCCUCCAAACUGCCUAUGUCCAUCAUCAUUGUUGGAGUUGGAGAUGCUGACUUUGGCGCCAUGGAGUUUCUGGAUGGUGAUGGUGGAAGUCUCCGCUCCCCAUCAGGCGAAGUGGCCAUCAGAGAUAUUGUCCAGUUUGUGCCUUUCAGACAGUUCCAGAAUGCUCCAAAAGAAGCACUUGCUCAGUGUGUGUUGGCAGAGAUUCCCCAGCAGGUGGUGGGCUACUUCAACACAUACAAACUCCUUCCUCCCAAGAACCCAGCCACGAAACAACAGAAGCUGUGACCACUUCCACAGAAUUCUUUUGUGCUAUGUGGAGCAUUGCCAUCUGUCACCCCAAAUCAUGUAUCUGCCAGUUUAUGUACUUUUUGCCUUCAGCAUUUAUGAUGUAAAUCUCUCUCUCCAUGGAUUAUAUCUGUUUAAAGCAUUCUUUCUAGGCUCUUUUGGGGGGACAGUGCUAAGUCCAUCUUUGCCCAAUCAAUUCAGUGAUUGAUAGUGAUUUACAGUAAUUGCAGUGAGACUCUUUGGAUUAGAAUCUAGUGUGGGGAAAGCUUAUUUUGUUGUUGUUUUUGUUUAGUUUCAUAUGAUGAAAAUGCUGUUUUUAAAUGUCAGUAAGAACAGAAAACUGUUGGGAUGAUGUGGUUUGCAGGUUGCUGUACCUGAUUUACUGUGUAUGUUUUAUAAGCCAUUGUCCAUGCCUGAUAAUGAGAGCUUCUUUAAUUAUAUGAUACUGAAUUUGUUCUUGUAACUCUGUAUACAGUGCUUUUCUGGGAGGUAAAAAUUACCUUUCAAUGCAUCUGAUUUUUGCUACAGUUUAGACACUAUGGUUUACAAAACAGCAUGCACUCAUCUUAGGACUUUAUGAAAAGUACUGAAUGAGCAGGAAAGGCACAUAAUCAGUUUUUUUUUUUUUUAAAUGUACAAUCAACAAGUAAAAAUAGCCUCAUGUAAAUAAGCCAUUUUUAUUUGCCUUUCUAGAUAUUUUAUUUGAUUGUGGAAAACUGUAAACAUGGUCAGAUUUGGCCUUUCUUUUCAUUAACUGAGCGUGACUUUCAGGAUACUGUAGAUGCACAGAUGGUAGGUUGUCCUGAAUCCUACAAUUAGGUUGCUUUAAUUGAGAUUUGUUAAAAUGGUUAGGACUGCUUUGUCCAGAAGAGGUAAGAGGACCAAACUUCUAAGUCGAAAUUCAGAAUUCCAUUUCCUUCUAACUAAUGAAAAACUACUUACUAAAAAAAAAAAAGAUUUUAUACUUUCCUUGCUAGGGUCCCAUACAUUGAUUUGUACAGGUCCGCUUAGUCAUUUUCUCUUUUUCUUAAGUGCCAUUUUCAUCUGAUUUUUAAACAAAUGAUACUGGUUAUCUGUUAAUCAAAACUACAUCUUACAAUUUAAUAAUGUGCUAUUUCCUAUGUCUAGAACAUAUUUUAUUAGGCAUAAAACCUGCUGUAACUUAGAAAAA